AUGGUCUUAUUAAUCAUAAUUAAUUAGUUAGAUAUAACUAAAAUACUAGAUUAAUUAUAAGGCAGAUUACAAACAUGUUUAAUAAUAAUUAUGAGAAAUUUGAUUUAUUAUCUAAAAAAAGAAGAAAAAGCUGUUAUUGUAUUGAAUAUGAUUAUAUGAAUAGAAAAAUUAAAAUAUUCCAUUAUAUAAGACAAUUUCUAUCAAUAAUUGUAAGAAAUAAAGAAAAGUUCUAUAUAUUCGUGAUAUCAAACACUAAUAUAUAUAAUAAAUAUUUUUAAUUUUAGAAACAAAAAGUCAAUUUUUUAGGAAUAUUAAAUAUUAAAAUCAUGUAUUAUAAUUUAAUCAUUAAUCUUCCAAAAUAACUACUAGAUUACUUAAGUAAUCAAAACUAAAAUUAUCUAAUUUGGAAUUGAAACUAACUUUGACUCCAUAAUUAAUACUCCUUUUAGUGAUUAAUCCUCACUAUAAUAAUACUAAAUGGCAUCUAUUUCAAUCCAUAUUUUGGAUCCCCUAAAAAGUUUUUUUCCUCACCUUGAAAUUUUGUAUCAAAAUUGCUUACUAUAAUUAAUUAAAUAAAAAAUUUAUAAGAGGGUUUGAGAAGAUCUUAAUUAAUAAAACGGAAUUGAUUUAUAUAUUAGAACUUCUUUUUUUUCUUAAUUAAUGGUUAUUAAAAAUAAUGAAAAAUAUCUCAUCCUCAUAAAAUCUUUAAGCUUUAUCUUUGAUUGAUUCUUAUUAUGUAGUUUUAAAUGACAGGAAGAGAAUUCGUCAAACUACAAAUUUCUAAUCUGCCUAAAGAAAAUUCAAAGAAAAGAGUGUAAAAAUUAGAAGAAAAAGUUGUCAUUGUUAAUUAUGUGGGGAAAUGAGUGCAUUAUAAUUUAAUAUGAUGAAUGUUCCUUUCUAAAAAAAAGAAUAAAUAAUUGAAAAAGUCAAAAAGUAAAAUUAAGAAACUCCUUGCUAAUUAAAAGGUAUAACUUUAUUUUGUAUAAUAUUAGAGAGAAGAAGUAUUUUUUAUCAAUUACAAUCAUUAAAAUCAACAGAGAAUACUAAUGUAAGACUUUCUCUCUAGAUUCAUGGAAUUAGCAAGAAUUUUUGUAGACCAAGCACAAUUAAACAAUUAAUAGCGGAAAGUAAUUAAAGAUCAAGAAGAGGAAGUCUCUAUGGUAGCUACUAAGGUUAAACUUCGACAUCUGAUAAUCAUUCAGUAAAAUCUCUCAGUAUAAAUAUUUUUCAAGAUUAAAGUCCAUUAAAAACUUAAUCACCUAAUAAUGAAACUAUCACAAAUAGAAACACUAUUUUGAGUUCAAAAUAAAAUUUAAUGAAAAAUACCUAUUUCUCUUAAUCAGUUCGUUCACUUAAAACAACUUAAUAAUCAUAAUUUAAUAAAUAUAAAGGUUGUAUAUUGCCUAAACUUAAUUAAAAAAAGCAAGAAGACUGA